AUUACAGUGGGACAACGUUAUGUCGUGCGUUGAGGCACAAGUAUUCGAGAUAUGCUAUUUCAGUCAGUGACAGAAGAAUGUUAUUAUUAACGCGAUGCGAUACCUGGAUAUAAAUAGAAAGUGGUCAGGUUAUGUCGACAGCAUUGCAAGCGAUUCGCGACGCUACAAUAACCAGAGGUUAGUAAGUGCACGUCGAUUCGCCAGGAUGUCUCAGUUGCUGGACAACGUGCCCGACGUGGAUAUCGACGGCCACGGGAGAUUCAAGUAUAUCUUGAUCGACGUGCAGGACAACGUCGGCAAAGCUAACAAGAAGAUCGUCAGGGGAUAUGCGAGGUCGCAGUGGCACGCUGAUAUAUUCGACGUGGCGGAAGAACAAAUCAAGAAACACGCCGGUUUACAGGCGAAUUGCGUGGGCGGUGGUAGAAUUGAGCACGACCCCGACGAGAAAACCAUUAAAGUUUAUGGAUAUUCACAAGGUUUUGGCAAAGCUGAUCAUCAAGUAUCGGUCGAAAUAUUGAGAAAAAAGUAUCCUGCCUACAACGUCACGUGGUCAGACGAAGGUUACUAACUAGAGAAUACAGGAUGUGUUGCGUGAUUUGCUAUUUUGUUUUUUAACUUGACGAAUGUAUACGGGAUUGAAUCUUUUCGUGCAUUAUUAAUAAAAUGUAUGUAUCGGAAUGAAAUUAAAUGUGUAUCUUGAUUAUUAAACAUCGUAAUUAACUCGCUAUUUUAUGGAAUAUUACGUUGUAUAUGAAUGUAAGUAAAUUAAUUAAUUGAAAUUAAAGGAAGCUAUUUAUUUAUAUUAACGGUUUAUAUUAUGUUCUCUGAAAUUUCUUUCGUUUUAUAGUAUACAACAGUGUAUGAAGAUUUAAGUAAAUAAAAUUAAAGGAAACACCAUUCA